CGACACGAACAUGCAAACUCCACACAGAAAUGCCAACUGACACAGCCGGCACUCGAACUGGCGAAUUUCUUGCUAUGAGACGACAGUGCUAACCACUGAUUCGCCUGACAUGUUCUUCUCUUUCUUUUUGUAUUUCAUGAGCAACUUCAAUUGGCGCGAGGGAGGAUCUAAAUUGACAAGUGUUGUUGACAUUUUGCUGUUGCUACAGUAACAGUGGAGAGUCGCUAACAAAGUUGUCAACAAGCAUGUAUAACUUUACAUGCUUUUAGUUCGUCAGGAGUCAAUCUAACAUAGUGUUUUAAUGAAUAAAUUUAUUAACUCUCUCGUUUUUAAUAAGUCUCACAAUGCGAAAGGCUCAGUCUGCUGGUGGAGGAGCGUCGAGUGAAGCGGCGCAGCAACUCAGCGCGCUCUUGGGGAGAUACGAGCAUCACUGCCUGCAGACCAACAGCAGCCCCAGUGCGGAGCUCAAACUGGACAUCCUUCACCAUAUCGACACACAGCAACCUCUCAGGAAGAUAACGCUGUCAGUUCCAGAGCUGGAGCCUUCAGAUACUCUUCUGCCCAGCCUUCAGCCACUCUUAAUGGCUAUACGAGAUGAACGCUACACACAUGUGCAGGAAUUCCAUAUCUGGAGUCUGUCUUUCAAGCAAACAGAUGUAGUUGAGCUGUGUUUUCUUAUGGAGAGGCGGGGGACAACAGUGUAUCCCUUCAGAUUACUGGAGCUGCUAGACUGCAGACUGUCUGAAUGGUCAAUGAAAAGAUUGGGCAAAGCUUUAGCCACAAGCUACCUGACCACACUCUGUCUGGACUACACACUUGUGGGACAAGAAGGGUUGAAAGGUUUGCUGAGUGGAGGUUUGGGAUCCGGACAAAUAUGUUCCCUGAGUUUGUGUUAUUGUGGUUUGGGUUCAUGGAGCGGAACUCUGCUUGCUUCACUCCUCACCAACGGUCCUGUGAGGGAGCUUUACAUCAAUGGAAAUGAUCUGCAGUGUGAGGGUGCCAUUGAGCUGCUAAGACCAGUGGCUGAAAACAGCCAAAAACUGGCAGAGAUCCAAAAUAGCACCACAUCCAUCAAAGACGAGACAGAGGCGAUUUCCCAAAGGAACAAUAUUACAUCCUCCAGGCGAAAGAAAGCAAAGAAAAAAGGUAAGAAGACAAAGAAGAAAAGUGAAAAAUCAAAAAGCGGACCUGAUAGCUCGGGCGGCCCACGGCUAGAGAAGCUGCACAUGUUUGAUAACUCCAUUGACAACUCAGGAACAGAAGGACCAAGUCAGCUAGCCCAGUUCCUAGAGCUCCUUUGCAUUCUGGUAAAAUUCUCCAGUCAGCUGACCGAACUGGACCUUGGUGAGAAUCACAUCGGAGAGGACGGUGGGAAAAUGAUUUCAGAGGCCCUGAGAGAGAGACAAGCAGCAAAAUUACCUUCAAUUAAAAUUGAAGUUUCAACACGCAUGUCCACGGAAACAUUCGGUGCCAUUUUGAGAAGUGCAAAGGAGCUGAAAUCUGGGAAAAAGAAAAGAAGAGCAAAGGGAAAAAUGAAAUAGUUCUACAUGUUUGGAAGAUACUGAAAGGACAUCACUGGUUUGCUCAUGGAUGUUUUGGACUUUCUUUCCUUGUUUUCAGCUUGUCACCAUAGUUUUUAAAAAAAUAAAUCCUUCUUUUUCAUGUGGUCUGAACUGUGUUGGACAACAGCCGUGCACCAAAUGUGAGCUCACAACACGCGCUGCACCAGCAGGGGUUCUGGGUCCCAUUUAUGUGAUGGCACUCCAGAAAUAGCGAUUGGAUGUUUGUUCUUUUCAAGUGCUUCUCCCUUUUUCUAGUAUGUCUUUACUGAUGGAAUGAGAGUGCGUCUAUGUGUUUCUCUUAACAGUUUGAUACAUUAAUUUGAUUAAGUCGUGCAGAUUAUUGUGGAAGGCAGUUUGCAUGUAUUUGUUUCUGUGUGUGGAGAGACUCUGUCCACCAUCUGGAGAGCAGAUUUUUGAAUAUGUUUUCCGGUCAAAUUGACUUUGUCUCCACCUUGUGGUCAUAAAUGUUUGUCACUAAUUUCUGUGGAUUGAGAAUGCCCAGUUAGCAAAUAAUUCAGGCGCAGAUUUGGCAUAAAGCAUAGUAGGCAUUCGUCCAGCACUGGCGAACAGCAUGUGGGCCAAAGGGUAUGGCUGAAGUGCCACCAUGUCUUUAAGGCAGGACACAAGACUUGGGGCAGAUAUCAAAUGUAGGAUUUGGACCAGAUAUUAUAUGUGGGACACGUAAAUUUGGCCUAUUUUGACCCACUUUUAAAAUACUUUUAAAUUAUUUUUGAGUAAAGAAAAAAAUUCUACCUAACGGGUCACCGAGAAAAAGGACAGACAUAAAGCGAAAUGCGAAAUCAAAAUCAUUGCAGUCAUGACACACCAACGUAUCUGAUCCAUGCAGUUCAGGCCCAGUUAUGUGUUAUUAACUUGGCUGAUCCAUAUUUGGCCCUUGUAUGGAAGCCAGACUUGGUCCAAUCAUGUACCGUAAUUCACUGUGGCCUGUGGGUUAAGCAUUGUGUCUGUGCUGAUUGUCUGUGCCAGAGCUGGGCAAGAGAAAUUUUGCUAUGUGGGUGUUGAUAGUGUCUUGCCUUAAAAUCGUAUGAAUUGAAACACGAUUGACCUUUGACUCAUUAAUAUUGUACAAUUUAUGUACAAUUAAUAAUAAAUGUCUGAUUAUAUGGAUGUAAAUGUCGUAUUGUAAUAAAAAAUAAAAUAUUAAAAGCAGGGUAAUUGACAGCUAAUCUGGAUUAUGUAAUCAGAUUGUAACUAAAUGUAGUAAUUAGUUACAUUUUACCAUGCUCAUAAUCAGAUUACAGUUACUUUUUAUGGAUUACAUAUUUUACGAUGGCAGUAAAUUAUUAUGUCAAUUCACUCUAAUUGUACUGUUUUCUCUUGUAAGUUUAAAUCUAAAUUUUAUCUGACAAAACAUAUUUAAAACCUGGAAAACACUGACAGUAUCAGCGCCAUUUUUGAGGUAUAGUAAUGAUGUUGUUUGUUUGUGUGAUGCAGAAAUUAGCUUCUUUUUUGCAAGAUGAAAAAAUGUAAUACAUUCAUAUGGUGAAAGUUCUCUGAUGUGUAUUAAUGGUCACAUUAACAUGGACAUGAACAAAUUAAAUAUUUAGAUUUGGUUGUUUAAGCUUU